UUUAAUGAACAAGCAGCUCGGCCGUAGUCUGGGCUUGCGCUUUACCUUUUAAUGCUGAGCUCGGGAAAUCAUGCUUGCAAAGUGCGAAAACAUCCGAGAUGCUGUGAAGUCUCUUGUUACCGGUUUCUGGAUCACUUUUAGCAUCUGUUCCGUAGGUGUUCGCAGCCAGGAGGGUAAUGGCUGUGGACAUACAGUGCUGGGCACAGAGUCUGGCACGCUGGCCUCUCAGAGCUAUCCAGGCACCUACCCCAGUAACACCUGGUGUAAGUGGAGGCUUCGUGUGCCAGAGGGGCGCACGCUGCGGCUGCUGUUUGGGGAUUUUGACAUUGAGAGCAGUCCAGACUGCAGCAAUGGCUCUCUUGUGAUCACAUACAAGAACGGAGACACCAGCCUCGGCCCAGUGUGUGGGAAGCUUGAUGCUUCACAGAAGAAUAUGACACUUAAAAGCAAUGAAGUAACAGUAACCUUCAAGUCAGGCCCACACCGCUCUGGACGAGGAUUUCUACUGUCCUAUGCCACAGACCGGUAUCCAGAUCUAAUUUCUUGUUUACAACGAGGAUCUCAUUUUAGCUUGCUGCAUUUGAGUGUGUACUGCCCUGCUGGAUGUAAGAAUAUCACAGGAGAUGUUUGGGGAAACUCUGAACAGGGUUACAGAGAUACCUCAGUCCUGUGCAAGUCUGCAGUCCAUGCUGGAGCUGCAUCUGACAGUCUGGGAGGUCAUGUCACUCUGAAUCGUGGGAGAAGUCUUACACUCUAUGAAUCCACCUUUGCCAAUGGAAUCCUCUCAAAAAUGGGAUCAUUAUCUGAGAAGAAGCUGCUCUUCAGCAAAGAAUGCGACAAUGUCCUGAGUGUUUCUGGUUUAAAUGCCUCAUCUUUCUGGAAUAAAAACAGUCAAGAGUAUACAGUGUUCUGGUCCUCCAGAUACAUGGACUCUAGCCAUGAGUUCCUACCCUGGGCAGCAGACAGUAAUGAUCCAAAACCAUGGGUGGAACUGGAGCUGACUGAUAGAAGCACUAUAACAGGAAUAAUAACAACUGGAACAAAUGAGUUCUACAUAGAAUCCUAUAUUCUUCUUUUCAGCAAAGACAGAAAGAUUUGGAAGCUUUACAAACAGGCUCUCAGCAAAGAAAGAAAGGUGUUUCAGGCCUAUACUGAUGGCCACCUCAGGGUUAUCAACAGCUUAUUUCCUCCUGUGGUUGCUCGGUUUGUCAGGCUACAACCACUGAGCUGGCACGGCCGAGCCUCAGUCCAGCUCCAAGUUCUUGGCUGUCCUGUUGCCAAGGUCACACCAAGGUCUGGCACAGCAGCUGAAUCACCACAUGUCAAAGUUAACAUGGGGACGCCACGCCCCGGCCCCACUCCCACCCCCACAGAGGGCCCAGUGUUAGUGGAGACAAGACUGAGUUCUAGCCAACCAGUAAUAGUGGCAGUGGGAGUGGUCCUGGCACUGUUAAUGUGCGGCAGUUGUUUGUUGGUUGGAGUCUGGUGGAAGCGAAGGAAGAAAGAUUCACAAUUGAAGUACUCCUUACCCACAAUAGGUUGUCAGAGUUUCCAGGCGAAGAGUCUCCCCUGCCCACAGUCAGGUCUUAUCUCCUACCCUCUUGAGCGAAAUGUCCACGAUGCUUUACCUAGCCCUCCUCUUAAUGACUAUGCCAAGCCUGCUGUCGCAGCCAUUGGACAGAAGGUUGGGUCAACCUUUAGACCCUCCUCAGAUGAGGGCUACACCACCCCCUUCAUCAUCAACCAUUAUGAUACUCCUGACAACCUGCCAGAGUACGCCGAGCCUCUUCCCCCAGAGCCCGAGUAUGCCACCCCAUUCAGUGAGCAGCUUUCCGAGUCACAUGGACCUCCUUUACCAGGACCUACCGCUGGUUCCAGGACAACGUCCAGCCGCGCUCAGUAUGACUGCCCCUCACACAGGAUGCUAUCCAAUGGCUACUGCACUCCUGCUCUACAUGCCACUGGCCCACGGCCAGUCAGUGUGGUCUAUGCAGAGCCAAAGUCAUGUGACUCUUUACUACAGAAGCACACCUAUGAGGAGCCUUUGUGAACAAACCAAGCUCAGGCGUGGAAAAAAAAAUAGACUAAUGAGCUAAAAGGUGUGUUGGAUCUUGGAGUGAUCUCAAAUGGUUUCAAGCUGAGCAGCGUUGUCCAGACUGUACUAAUGCUGACAGAGCUGAACUUCCAGGGAGUGAUGGACCCAAAAUUGAGAAGUCACUUUGGACCACUAUGCAUAUAGGAGUGAACAUCACUCUGUACACAACGCUCUUAGAGCCAUAUGAAUGCAAAUAUUUUCUCCCAGGAAGUAUGUAUUGGAAAUAUCCUGUGAUGCACAAAGAAAAUGCAGGUUCACUUGUGUCUCAGAGAUACUGUUUUAUUGAUGAAAUGUUUAAUCACAAGCUGCACUUUCAAAAGAAAAGAAACACAUACAGCAAUGUAUGCUUCAGUCUAUUUAACAGGUUAAUGCAAACAAAAGUGGAUUGAAUAUGUUACUUGUCCUCACCAAACAUCGUAUUCACAAUGUAUGAUAUCAACAUGUUUUGUAAAAAAAAAAAAAAAGGAAGGAAUUAGAAGAAGAAACAUUAACAAACACUAGAAAUGAUGCACUGUAACAAAGUGGUUAAGACUGUUGCUAUGAUUAUGUGUAACCACUAGGUGGCUCUCUUGAGCUUUAAACAUCUAAUAACAAUGGAUUGUGUAA